AGCACACGAGAACAUACGUCGGAGCGUAUAUUUCUACCAACACGAUCACAGAGUUCAUUACAAACAAAAAGUUAUAAUCGACAUAAGAAGUACAUUUUGUGAUAAAAGCUUAUAAAAUUGCCUUAAACAUAGUUCAAGUCAACAGAGGAUAGAAGAGAAAAAAAUGAAGCUGUUUGUACCAUUGUGUUGUACUGCUCUGCUGCUGUUGGCAGCAACAGUUCGAGCUGAUGAUGAUGAUGAGGAGCAAGAGAAAAAGGAAAAGAUUGAUGUUGGCACUGUUAUUGGUAUUGACUUGGGAACCACAUAUUCAUGUGUUGGUGUGUACAAAAACAAACGAGUUGAAAUCAUCGCCAAUGACCAGGGUAACCGAAUAACACCUUCAUAUGUCGCCUUCACAGAAGACGGUGAACGUCUGAUUGGAGAUGCUGCGAAAAACCAGCUGACUAGCAACCCAGAAAAUACAGUAUUUGAUGUAAAAAGAAUUAUCGGCAGGACUUGGGACGACCAGUCAGUCCAGAAGGACAUAAAAUAUUACCCCUUCAAGGUUACUAACAAGAACCAAAAACCACAUAUUGAAGUCAAAGUCAAGGGGGAAAAGAAGUUGUUUGCUCCUGAGGAACUUUCUGCUAUGGUUCUGGGUAAAAUGAAGGAAGUUGCUGAAGAUUACCUUGGUCAAACUGUAAAAAAUGCUGUUGUCACAGUACCUGCUUACUUCAAUGAUGCUCAGAGACAAGCCACAAAAGAUGCUGGUGCCAUUGCUGGUUUGAACGUGAUGAGAAUAAUCAAUGAGCCGACAGCUGCCGCCAUUGCCUAUGGUCUUGACAAGAAGGAAGACGAAAAGAACAUCCUCGUGUUUGAUCUCGGUGGUGGUACCUUCGAUGUGUCUGUUCUCACCAUCGACAAUGGUGUUUUCGAGGUGGUCUCCACCAACGGCGACACCCAUCUUGGGGGAGAGGACUUUGACCAGCGUGUUAUGGAGCACUUCAUGAAACUGUACAAGAAAAAGAAGGGCAAGGACAUCAGAAAGGACAACCGUGCUGUUCAGAAGCUCCGUCGUGAGGUAGAGAAGGCAAAGAGAGCUCUGUCCUCCCAGCAUCAGACCAAGAUCGAAAUUGAAUCUCUGUUUGAUGGUGAAGACUUCAGCGAGUCCCUGACACGUGCCAAGUUUGAGGAACUGAACAUGGACCUGUUCAGAGGCACCCUAAAACCUGUGGCCAAAGUGUUGGAAGAUGGUGACCUUAAAAUUUCUGAGAUUCAAGAGAUUGUUCUUGUGGGCGGAUCCACCAGAAUCCCUAAAGUCCAGCAGCUUGUUAAGGACUACUUCAAUGGCAAGGAGCCAAGCCGAGGCAUCAACCCUGAUGAGGCCGUUGCAUAUGGAGCUGCUGUCCAGGCUGGCGUACUGAGUGGAGAGGAAGACACAAGUGACCUUGUGCUUCUCGACGUCAAUCCCCUCACCAUGGGUAUCGAGACUGUUGGAGGCGUGAUGACAAAACUCAUCUCAAGAAACACCGUCAUUCCAACUAAAAAGUCACAGAUCUUUUCAACAGCCGCCGAUAACCAGCCAACUGUAACCAUUCAAGUGUUUGAGGGUGAACGUCCAAUGACCAAAGAUAACCAUCUCCUCGGGAAAUUCGAUCUUACUGGUAUCCCUCCUGCUCCUCGAGGUGUGCCCCAGAUUGAGGUCACCUUUGAGAUUGAUGUUAACGGUAUUUUGAGGGUUUCUGCUGAAGAUAAGGGUACUGGUAGCAAGAACGAGAUCGUUAUUCAGAAUGACAAUGACCGAUUGUCACCUGAGGACAUUGAGAGAAUGAUAAACGACGCUGAAAAAUAUGCUGCUGAGGAUGAUGCGCUUAAAUCCAAGGUUGAAGCCAAGAAUGAACUUGAAAGCUAUGCAUACAGUCUCAAAAACCAGAUAAAUGAUAAGGAAAAGUUGGGAGCAAAACUGAGUGAUGAAGAUAAAGAAACCAUCGAGACAGCUCUUGAUGAGAAGAUUAAGUGGCUUGAAUCCAACCCUGAGGCUGACACUGAGGAAUACAAGGAACAGAAGAAAGAACUGGAUGAAACUGUUCAGCCAAUCAUUAGCAAACUUUACCAGGGUGCAGGUGGUGCCCCUCCCACUGGGGAAGAGGAGCACGAUGAGUUAUAAAAAUGGGAGAACUUAGGAUAUUCAAAUUAACAAGGAAAGUCAAAGACAUCCAAAUGUUAGUGUGUUCAAUUGACUUACUUCUAGUACUGCAGAAAACAUCACUUGUGUUUUCUCAAGGGUCUUACAUUUUGAGAUGUAUUUUAGUUCCGACCUUGUAUUAAGUCUCAAACUUUACACAUUUUUAAGAUCUUAGACAUCUGCAUUCCAUUCACCAGUUCAGAAUCUACAUAUUGUAAUGAACAGUGACAUUUCAUUAAAAUAUGCUGAAAAAAUAUCUGUGAUUGUAUUUGUAAUAAAUUGAUAAACUCAUCGCAGCGAGAUCAAUGACCAUUAUUGUACCAAACAAUUUACGAAAAUAUCUAUCAAGGCAAAGAAAUGACUUCAUAUUUUCAUUGUGCAAGAGUUUCAUAGAAAAUGAUAUUUUUCAUGGAUAAAUGAUUCACAUUAAAACCAUUAACAUCAUGUGUAUGAAUAUUUGAUUCAUUUGUUUGUUGAAUUUUUAUGGGGCAUAAUUAUUGAUGUGUGUUAUUUGAAUGCUUGCAUUGCUCAGUGCUGUUAAAUUAUUUCAUCAAAAACUGUGUACAUAAGUUUGUUGGUUAUUUUCACCAACGGUGUUACAAAUGAACUAGCGAGGGUUUUUAUCGAGGGUAUGGAUAACAUGGUGAUUGUUCGAAAGUGGUGAGAAUUAUACAAUGACAGGAAAAUUAUUUUUGUGAUAGUUUUUGUAGUCAUUUGUAUUCAUUGUUAUGUGAACUAUUGUGUUGUAUCGACAUAAUGACAAAUUUAUUAAAAUUCUAAAAACCCUA